AUGAUGAUGGACCUUUUUGAAACUAGCUCCUAUUUCUUCUACUUGGACGGAGAAAAUGGGGCUCUGCAGCAGCUGGAGAUGGCAGAGGGGUCCCCUCUGUACCCAGGCAGCGAUGGCACUUUGUCCCCCUGUCAGGACCAAAUGCCCCCAGAAGCUGGGAGUGACAGCAGUGGAGAGGAGCAUGUGCUGGCACCCCCGGGCCUACAACCCCCUCAUUGCCCCGGCCAGUGUUUGAUCUGGGCUUGUAAGACCUGCAAGAGGAAAUCGGCCCCCACCGACAGGAGGAAAGCAGCGACCCUGCGGGAGAGGAGGCGGCUGAAGAAGAUCAACGAAGCCUUCGAGGCUCUGAAAAGAAGGACUGUGGCAAACCCCAACCAGCGGCUGCCCAAGGUGGAGAUCCUGAGGAGUGCCAUCAGCUACAUAGAGAAGCUGCAGGAUCUCCUGCACAGGCUGGAUCAGCAGGAGAAAAUGCAGGAGAUUGGGGGAGACCCUUUUAGCUUCAGCCCCAAGCAGGGAAAUAUCCCAAGUUCAGAUUUCCUGAGCACCUGCAGCUCCGACUGGCAAAAUGUUUCUGAUCAUUCCAGAGUGCUAGCAAUCAACGCCAAAGAAGGAGCCUCCAUCGUUGAAUCUUCAGCCUCUAGCAGCCUUCGUUGUCUUUCUUCGAUAGUGGACAGUAUUUCUUCAGAGGAUCCCAAACUUCCCAGCGUGGAGGAAGUGGUAGAGAAGUAG